ACGUGUUUUGUUUUCGCCCAAACCAGCUCAGCUUUUCCUUUAUUUUUCUCCUUCAUCUUCGCUUCUUUUUCAACCAAAAAAAAACUCCAUUUUUAUCCAGAGGUUCCAUAUCCUAAGAACAUUUUCUCGUACUUUUCCUCAGAGUUUCACACAUUAUUCAACAAGCUCGACGAGACUACGGCUGCAAAUUUCAAAAUCGUCAGGAUAAUUUUAAUUAAAUUAUGGAGGAGGGAUCAAGUUGUGUGCAAAUACAAGUAGAAGAGGAGCUGCCAACUUUACUAAGAAGAGCCACAGCAGAAGAAAUGCUUGGCUUUGACAAUUACAAAGAGAGUAAUCUUCCCCUUCCUCAUUUCGUCAGUCGUUUUCAUCAUUCUCAUGCCUCCACAACUAAUUUGAAUGGUCAAGAAGCAUCAAUAGAAGCAAUGGAAGAGGCUACACCGUGGACGAUGCCCAAACACCAAAGGAAACCAUCACUUUCGAUGCCAACUUCACCAAAUGUUCUCAUGAUCUCCGAUCCGACAUCUUCUUCUUCCGACAACAACAACAACAACAUUGGUCCGUCAACUGGCAAAUCCGUCAAGUUCAUCUCUCAGCCGAUGACCAAAGUCUCAUCUCUCUACAUGGAAACUGGCAACGAUGAUGAUGACCGUCGUCGUCAUGAUCAUCAUUAUCAUCAGAGCGGUUGUCUUCAAAAUCAAAACCCGGCGAUGCAUAAGCUUAAGGAUCACAGGUACAACUCGUUCAAGACAUGGUCAGGGAAACUAGAGAGACAGUUUACAAGAAAACCAGCUUCUAUUGAACCGGAGACACCAAACCGGGAUAAGGAGAAUUUAAAUACACAUGAAGCCAUGCCUGUGGACCGUUACUAUGCUGCCUUGGAAGGUCCUGAACUAGAGACUCUCCGGCCUCAAGAAGAAAUUGUUCUACCAAGUGAACAGACGUGGCCGUUUCUCCUACGUUACCCAAUAUCCACCUUUGGUAUGUGCCUUGGAGUAAGCAGCCAAGCCAUAAUGUGGAAAACCCUAGCCACGGCCGAGCCAACCAAGUUCCUCCACAUACCACUCUGGAUCAACGAGGUUCUCUGGUUCAUCUCAGUCGCUUUAAUCCUCACCAUUGCCACCAUUUACCUCCUCAAAGUCAUCCUUUACUUCGAAGCCGUACGCCGAGAAUACUACCAUCCCAUCAGGAUCAACUUCUUCUUCGCCCCUUUCAUUUCAUUACUCUUCUUAGCACUCGGUGUCCCACCUUCCAUAGCUACAGAAUUGCCACAGUUCCUUUGGUACCUCCUCAUGUUUCCUUUCAUCUGCCUCGAGCUCAAGAUUUACGGUCAAUGGAUGUCCGGUGGUCAAAGGAGGCUGUCCCGAGUCGCUAACCCGACGAACCAUCUCUCAAUCGUUGGGAACUUUGUGGGGGCGUUGCUUGGUGCAAGCAUGGGGCUUAGGGAAGGGCCGAUAUUUUUCUACGCAGUUGGGAUGGCUCAUUACUUGGUUUUGUUUGUGACACUCUACCAAAGACUGCCGACUAAUGAGACUUUACCUAAAGAUCUUCACCCUGUGUUCUUUCUCUUUGUCGCGGCUCCAAGUGUUGCUUCCAUGGCUUGGGCUAAGAUCACAGACUCCUUCGACUAUGGCUCCAAAGUUUGUUACUUCAUCGCCAUCUUCCUCUACUUCUCCUUGGCUGUACGGAUUAAUUUCUUUCGUGGAAUCAAAUUUUCGUUGUCUUGGUGGGCGUAUACGUUUCCAAUGACCGGAGCUGCAAUUGCGACCAUCAGGUACGCAACAGUUGUAAGGAGCACUAUGACUCAAGUCAUGUGUGUGAUCCUCUGUGCCAUUGCUACACUAGUCGUUUUCGCACUGCUUGUGACCACCAUCAUCCAUGCAUUCGUCACCUGCGAACUUUUUCCCAAUGACUACGCCAUAGCCAUCAGCAACCGCCCCAGACCCAAACAGACUAGCCACCACCGGUGGCUCGACCAACUGAGAACCGUGAGCUCAGAGAACAUCGAGAAUUACUUGAAAUUCACGGACUCGGACAGCAGUCAUAGUAAUGAUCUAGAAGCUGGCAAUGGCAAAGCUCAAGAGAGUGAUUCCGCAUAAUCAAUACACCUACAAUCUCUGGUAUAAUCGAUUCGUAGUAUCUAAAUUUUGGUUUUGAUGCAUUGUCAGUGUCUCAUGACACAAGUGAGGAACGAAGUAGCUAAGUGUUGGUUGCUAUGGUUCUAAUGAGCAUGUGUAAAACUAGUAGUAAGCAAAUGGAAGGGGUAUCUACGAUGGUGCACCGAUCCAAGGAUAUAGUAGUAUGUAAACUCUUUUUGUUCCAAUAAAUAAAAAGUUUUGAGGGGGUUAUCAUUGUAUCAA